GUCGAAGCUGCCGACGUCGUUGAAGAAGUUUAAAUGUAGCGUGUGGUUAAUUUUCCACUAUACGUUAUAUUCCGUAGCCGAAGUACUCCGGUAUGGUCUAUACCAUUUACAACUCUACAACUCCGAUGUGUAUUCUUUAUGGUGUACCUUCCCAUAAUGUCUUAAACUCCUCGAACAUACUCCUUUCGAAUUGUUGGCCAUUGUGCGAACUACUUACUGUUCCAAGCAUACUCUAAAUGCUGGAGAAGACUGCUGCGAGUCUGGAACCAUGCGGUCUCCAACGAGUAGUUCCCGGCGUCGCCCAAUCUCUUCGGUCUCAGAGACAACUUCGAAAUUCCUUCUGGAAUCAUGGCGCAGCUGACAUUGAAAUCACCAAAGCUUGGCAAGCGUUAAUGCAUGGCACCUUUGAUCUCAACAUGGGGUCGACAUCCGAAGAGAAUAAGGGUUUGCCAUUGACAGCUUCAGCCUUUCUUCUCGACUUCCUAUACCCAACUGGUGCUGUCAACCUUAUGCGUCGCUUAACUCCCACUACUUCCGCCUCUACCAGUCGAUCAGAUAGUCUCCGCCGGGGACAGCGCUUUUCCAAAUUCGCCCCUCGCUUGUAUACCUCAUCUGUUCCCAGACAACAGGUUAAUCGCCAAGAGAACGAGUCUAGCACCGGUGAAGAAGAGCAUGAGCCUGGUAGUAAUACUUCGGACACUGAGACAGGAGAGAUACUAGGCACAGCUGUUGAGGAUAUAGACCAAGAGGUUGAUAUGGGUGCUUAUGAAACACCGUCACAACUCGAUACUGCCGCGGAUGAUAUAAGUCAUUUAAGCAAAGAAGAACAUAUUGAGACGCUCGACUAUCUAAUAAAGGACGGUAGCAACGACCCCAGAGACAUUGAUCAGAUCUGGCAUCAUUACAAGUUCCUAGACGAAUCAUCGAAACUUACUUAUAUGGAUCAAGUUCUGGAUUCUCUUUCAAAGAGUGGUCGAAUUUCCGACUCGUGGAAAAUUUCGGAACUUUUCCACAAAUUGUCUUUAUCGCAGUGGACUGACCAAAAUUUCGUCGCUGGUAUCAGGGCCGAAAUUGGCCUCCAGAACGAUAUUGAAGCCGUCGAAUUGCUCAUUAAAGGAUUAGAUCAUGAAACUCUUGAGGUUCCCUCCUUAAUUGACGCACUCGAUUUAAUACUUACCAGUGCAUUACGAUCUUCUAAGACAGAGUUAUUAUAUAAUAUUUGGAGACACUAUCCCAAGAUGGCCGCCAGAUGGGAUUUUGGAGGCAUUGUAUCUCAACUGAAAAAUGUUUCCGAAGUUCCUGAUCUCGCUAGAAAAGCCAUCGAAUUUCAGAAGCGUGGACGGCAAGAGCUUCAAGAACUAGACAGUCAGCUUGGUCAGGAGGCGCUAGACAUGUUGCAGAGAAUUUUGGUUCGCAGAGCUCUUGCAUCGUGUGCCAAUGACCAAGUUAUCCCCCUUCUCGGAGUGACGAAUGACCUUCUCGCUUUCGAAGAAUUUCUACGUGGUGUAAUCUAUAGGGAUCAAGCACAACUUGGAAUAGAGGUGUAUGAGAUCUAUCGUAACCUCCCCGAGAGCAUGCCGAGUCAUCCCGUACUCCAUGAAAUUUUCAAAGCUUACAAUCGCAUCCGUGCGCCAAUUUCAUACAAGUACGCGGGGGUUGAAAAGCUGUGGGGAGACUGGCAUAGAUUCCAUACCGUCCCUUCUCGUAGGGCCUUUCAGAGGUACUUAGCUUUUUACGCGGCCCAGGGAGAUACUCGUAGGGUUUACGAUCUAUGGGCUAGACUUAUGAAGCUAUACCGCGAUGACCCAGAGCUUCCAGCCCUGAAAGCUGACGACACAUUUUCACAUCUCCUUCACGUCCAUGCUGUUCGAGGUGAAGUUGAAGAAACGCAACGCAUUUUCAACGAUAUCGAGGGGAAAUUUGGUAUCAAACAAAAUACCUACUCCUGGAACAUUCUCCUGAAUGCGUAUGUGAAAGCUGGCGACUAUGACGGUGCUAUAUCUACUUUUGAAAAAUUUGGCGAAGUAGGAGAACCGGAUCAGUAUAGCUACGGGACAAUGAUGCAAAUGGCCGGUACCAGAGGUGAUCUAGGCUUUGCGAUUGACUUAUAUCGUCAAGGAUUAAGCGCUCGCGUAGGGGUCAGUGAUGCUAUCCUAAGCAGUCUCGUUGACGCGUACUGUCAGAAUGACCACUUUAAAGCGGCCGAAGACGUCUGUAUUCGUGCAGCCAAGAAAGGGAUCAUUGCAACUCGGAUGUGGAACAAACUUCUUCGCUAUCACGCUCUUCGCCGCGAUCUAGCUGCUAUCAAUAGGGUUCUCAAUAUCAUGGCCGAAAAAGAUAUCCCUUAUAACGAAUUCACAUACCUCCAGUUACUUCUUGGCCUAUCGUUAUGUCGCCAAUCACAACACGCUUUAGGGCUCCUCGCAUCCGCGUUGAAAGACAAAACCUUUGAGGUUACCCAAGACCAUUUCCAUAUUGUCAUGGGUGCUUUACUUAUGACUGGGGAGCCUGCAUCAGUCCGACGUCUCCACAAGCUGAUGCUACAAAAUGGCCUCCCGAGUUCGUCUACUAGUCUGUUCCAGUUGGCUCAAGCACUCGGGCAAUGGAAGAAAUUCCCUCCAAGACAACGGGCACGUUUUACCGCGACCGAAUGGCUUGGCAAAGCGCUUCGUUCAUUCUAUUAUAUAUACGGCCUCAAUAAUAACAAGAAAUUGAUUGCGCUGUCAUCUCCAAGCCAUAAUCGCGGUCAACCGGGCGAGCUUCUAGGAGAAAGUACUGAAAAGUUUCAUUUCAGCACCAUGGUUUACAUGUUGGUUGAUCUGAAAGAUUUCGUCCAAGCUCGAGAACUUGUUGAUCUUUAUCGGUUUAUCUUCCAAGGCGAAAAAGAGACAGGUGGAGUUUUGCCCGUCAUGAUGCUCAAUUCUGUUAUGCGUGCGGAUCUCCAGGAACAGAAUUACCCUCACGUUGCCGAAACGUGGAAUAUCCUCUUCGGGGCCGCGAAGAAGGAAGCACGCUCGGCUGAUUACGUCGAAGAGCUACCUCAUACGCCGAAAAUCUCGCCUAGAUAUCGAUAUGUCCUAUCAGGCGGUCUCGAGAGCAUGCAAAGGAUGCUUUUCAGCCAAGGAGACGCGUCAGGAAUCCAGGAUCUUAUCAAAGAGGUUCGCUACGAGGGAUUUGAGGUCGAUAGCAAGAACUGGAAUUAUUACAUCCAGGCACUUGUCCAGUUGAAAGAAUACAAGGAAUCAUUUCACACAUGCGAACAUAUGCUCAUGCCAAACUGGACUGGUUGGUUCGUUGUGCGCACCAAGGAAAAUAUACGAAAUCAGCUAUCGCUAGACUUACGUCGGAAGGGCUCAUCUCCCCGACAUCUUCGACCGGUCUCUACCACGCUAUACCAUCUCGCUCAAGGUUACAUGGAGUUAGAUCAGCUCAGCUCUAUCUCGAUGGACUCGGCGAGGAUCUUCCUGGAAAUAGAGAGAGACUGCCCGCAGACGGUCCGGGCUAUCAAGUCCAUGAUACGGGUGCACUCGAGCCUUGAAGCCGAAAUUUUUGGUGAAGAGAAUUUCACCGAUAUUGACCUUGAAUACGACGAUCAGGGUAAUCCGAUUGAUACCUCUAGUAGGUAGGGAAGAAACUAUGAGCUGAUUCUCCUACACUUGCCUACCAAACUAUGUGGAUACAAACGCCCUAUCCGAUUGUAUAUUCAGCAUAUAUGUAUAUAGCACAAACUCGAAUCUAUGUGCAAUAGGACUUACUCGAUUACGCCAUGAGCAUCGGAACUGUGACCAUUGGCUUCCGAUGCCUGUAACACGGCAUUCAGGAUCACUGAAUAGGUAGGUAUUUAUUUAUAAUAUGACAUUAAGGCGCAGGGGCUAUACCGAACUCGGCUUCCGUACGUACAUACAUACGGUUGACUCACGAGACCCCCCCUGGUUAGUCUAGGUAGGUAAUGUAUAUGUGUAAGCCGUUAUACAGUCCAACAUCCAACAGCGCAAGCAGCACAUAAGCAC